AUGACGCCUCGUAACCAUCAAAACAGCAUCGCAUCGUGCGCACUGACAUUGCUGCUCAACCGCGGUCCCAUAGAAAUAUGCCUGAACGAGACAAACUCUCCUGGUUGACACCGAAGCGUAGGAGGACGACCGGUAAUUUGAAGACGAAUGGCCACAUGAAGAAGGUCGCAGAAGAAGGGUUUGGAGCCAUCAUGGAGGACGGUGUGCAGGACCAAGGCCUUGAACGACCACCAGGAGUAUCGCGACCAGCUUCGCAGCCGCAUGUGCCACAGAUCAGCAAAGGCGGCGAUGGUGGCCUGUUCUACGCAUAUGCGCGCAAGGACGAUGACUCCGAAUCAUGUUACCUACUCACCUUCGCCUCCGCGCCGACUGCGAACGAAUGGUGGCUACUCGUGCAAGCCAACUUCCCUGCUGUGUCACGGCCAAGUCCGCAGCUCUUCACACUGAACAACCCCGACAUGCUAUCGCAGACAUGGAUACAUCCGGCCUUUGAGCAUUUGAGGAGCAGGUGGAUGUAUAUCGCCCUGUCAGACAGUGUAUCGAGUGGUCUGGGCGGAGCAGCGCAAGGAAUCAUACCACUGCAGGAUGCGCAAGGGAACAUGCUUGGAGGAAGUGCUCCGUCGAGUCCGCCCCUUCGACAACGAUCAGUUAGACAUCGGAAAGAGCAGGACAGUCGGCCAGGGGACAUUGAUGCCCGACUGGAUAGAGUAACCCAAAUGAUGGAACGCAGCACCGACAGCAUUGACAAGCUUGUACAAUCACAAGCGGGCAGCUCGCAGAAUGGCCAAGGGUACUUUGACACAAGCCCUCUGGCGGUACAUUUUGGCAAGAUGACAGACCUGCUCGCAAGGAAUGUCGAGAACAUCGAAAGCAUGUCGAAGAAGCAAUUUGAGCAUGAGCAGCGCUUGACGGACGCACUCGAGGAAGUCUCACGAAAACGACGCGAAGAUCGCAUAGAUCUGUCUCAAUUGUCCGCGCACCUAGAUCGCGUGAACCGCACACUGGACCAGUCGGCUGCACAGAGGAAAGAUGGCGUUCGGUCACCAGUGGAGAAGCCACCCGCCAUCGACUUCACGCCAGUGACCACGAAAUUGGAAGCCUUGCAGCAGGCCAUUGAACAGAACUCGUCAAUCAACAAGAAGAUUCUUGGGGAACGGACAAAUGCAGACGCCGAGGCACGUUAUAAAAAUCAGCUGGAUCUACUACCCAUCUCGGAAACAUUGGAGAAGAUUCACGAAGCAAUUGAGAAACAGAAUCUACACACCACCGCAAUACUUGAAAUCCUGCGAGACGACAAGGACGAUUCUCUUCGAGUAAGCAGAACUAAUGGCGAGACACUUGACCGCAUAUUACAAGCUCAAAUCGAAAUGAAAGAGAUCGUGGAGCAUAACAGCGGCGAUAUCGACUUUGGACCCGUGGCAGAACACAUGGACGCGAUUCGAGAAGCAACAGCAGAAAAUACCCAGCAGAUCAAGGAUUUCAUCGAACACCAGAAGACUGCAAGCCCUGGCGUCCAAAGCGGAUCGAAAGAUAUCGACUUCAGUCCCAUGACUGAUCGGCUUGAUCGUAUGCAUGGUGCAUUGGAGAGAACAAGCAAUUACUUCCAGACGCAGAGUCCUGGCACCGGUGACACGAAAUUUCUCAUGUCGGCAUUGUCAUCACAUCUGAGUAAAAUUCAGGCUGUGACGGAACAGAAUGCUGCCGCGAUCAGGAGUAUGCGAGAGAAACCUCCUCCGCCUCAGGUUUCUCCAGCACCUUUGAUGAGCGAGGGCAUGCAAGGCAUGAUACGAGAAACGAACGACAGGUUGCAAGCGCUCACGAGUGCGUUAUCAGCCGGGCAGACUGAACAGAAGCGAACGCCAGAAGCGGAUGUGCUUUUGGAUAAACGAAUCGAAGCGACAUCUGCGCAAGUCCGGGAGCUCAUGGCCGGACAGAGAGAGAUGGUGAGCGUUGUGCGCGAAUUGGCUUUGAGCAUCACAGCGAAGGAAAAAGAGUCCUGCGAUCAUGUCGUGAUACCACCGCCGAGGAAGGUAGGCAAAAAGAUUGUUGGGUUCGUGUACGAUGGAAAGGAGGGUCUGGGAUUGGGGUAG